AUGUUCCGAAACAACUACGACAACGACGCUGUCACCUUCUCCCCGCAAGGUCGGAUAUUUCAGGUGGAAUAUGCACAAGAAGCAGUGAAGCAAGGAUCAGUGGUGGUGGGAUUGGUGAACAAGACACAUUGCGUGCUGGUCGGCCUGAAGCGAAAUGCCGAAGAGCUCUCCUCUUAUCAGAAGAAGAUCAUCGAGAUCGACUCGCACAUGGCCAUUGCCAUCGCCGGCCUGGCAUCAGACGCCCGCGUCCUCUCCAACUUCAUGAAGCAGCAAUCGCUCGGUUCCAAGAUGACCUACGGCCGCCCAAUCCCGCUGGACCGUAUCGUUGGACAGAUCGGAGACCGCGCCCAAACCAACACUCAGCAUUACGGAAAGCGACCUUACGGUGUUGGCCUGCUGGUUGGUGGUGUUGACGAGGCUGGCCCGCACCUGUUCGAGUUCCAGCCCUCCGGUUUGACCCAUGAGAUGUCCGCUUGUGCUAUUGGUGCUCGCUCGCAGAUGGCGCGGACAUACUUGGAGCGGAAUCUGGAUAAGUUUAUGGACUGCAGCCGGGAUGAAUUGAUUACGCACGGUCUGCGUGCCCUCAAGGAGACUCUGUCUCAGGAUAAGGAGCUUACCGUGGAUAAUACCUCUGUGGGUGUGGUUGGUAUGGCUGCUGAGGGUGCUAAGGGCCGGAUCGAGAGCUUCAAGCUGUACGAGGGUCAGGAGACUGUGCCUCUCUUGGAGGCGCUAGAGCAGUCCGAAUCAGCCGGUGCUGGGGAGGGCGAGUCUAUGGAGGUUGAUUCAUAA